AUGGGAAGACAGGAGUGGACACGAAGAGGAUCAGCUUCGAUCCAAAUUUGCAGGCUACUGAGGCUACGGAGUACUAGUCUUGGAGAAGCGCACAGUCCCCUUGCUAAGAUUCUCUGGGUUGGUUGGGCAGCUGGUCGCGGACUCGCGAGUCACUCCCAUCCGUCUCCUCGUCACAGCUGCCGUGUCAUCACCAGUCAUCACCUCAUGGCCAGUUUUCUGGAAGCUGACGAAGAUAACGUGGCAAGCCACAAUCAUGAGAUCUGCUCAUGCACAAAAAAAGGUCGUUCGUUGCUCCUUCUUUGUAUCUAUCAUGGGCAGAACAAGAUCGAGAGCAGUCAGGUAUCUGGGGAUUCCACUGGCUUCCACAAAGCUCGGACCGCGUUUACCAAUUUGGGACGUUACGAAAUGAUCUCGGACGAGCUUUGUCGGGCAAGCCGUUUUGAAUUCUUAUUUGUUGUGGAGGGGGUUAAGGAUGCGAAACGAUUCCUAGUUUCUCCAGAUCCCAAGUGA